AUGGGCCAAAGGUCAGACAGUGAGUCAAUAGAACUCACGGACAGAAACGGCAAGGCUGGACGAAGACACCCAGUCAAACCUGAUAUCAAUGUGGACAAUAUUUUGGAGGAUGAAGUUGGAGCAAAUGGAUUAUGGCAAUGGUCCAUAAUCAUCUUGUUAAUGCUUAGCACCCCAUCCACGCCAACUUUUCCUGUGUUCGCUAAUUCCGUCCCAGAGAAACGAUGUCGAAUGGAGCCAGAGUUAGAAUAUUUGUUGAACGAACGAAAUCUGACUUUCCACGAGAUUGGUCGAGUGAUAGGUCCAUGGUUCACGACCGUCCUCGAAAACGAAACAAACACUCAUGUGGGCUGUACCCGAUAUCGAAUUCCUUGGACCAAUGAUAGUCUCACUGAACGACUUGAUCGGAUCCAUGACACACAUAACAACGACUCACGGUUGGAGACUGAACCUUGUCCAAACGGCUACGUAUUUCAGUUGAACAAUAUGCAAUAUCCAGGCAGUGUGAUCGUUGAGUUUGCAACCGUAUGUAACCACGACUGGUUAGCACCUUUCGAGACGUCGGUCUACAUGUUUGGAAUGAUGUGCGGGUUUUUGGUGGGCGGAUGGGCAGGUGAUCGAUUUGGUCGGAAACCAACGGCUAUAUUUAUGACCGUAGUUGAAAUUGUGUCCGCCAUUGGGAUAUCUUUGUCACCGAACUACUCUACAUAUGCGGUGUUCCGUGGAUUCUCAGGUGCUUCCAACAUCGGUCGAGUGACAGUCUACAAUGUACUGGCGAUGGAAUUAACGUUAGCACGAUAUAGAUCGUAUUUUAGCGCGGCGCUUUCACUCGGUUACAACUUUCUUCUUCGAGGCUUCAUGUCCCUGUUAGCUUUGUAUAUUCCUGAAUGGCGUUGGCUAAAUUUGGCUUGUACUGCUCCAGCCUUGCUAGGUUUGCUACAAUUCUGUGUGCUGUCGGAAUCGCCUCGCUGGUUAAUCUCUCGCAAUCGACUGACAAAAGCCUUGGCAGUAUUAAGAUACGGCUAUAAAGUGAACCACUUCGGUCGAACAAAACCAAAGGAGGGACAAGUCCAGUUAAUCAGUUUAGAACACGCGACAGAAGCAUGGAUGUCUCAUAAUGAGCAGUAUGGGGAAGGGCAAACCUUGCUUAAACGAAAACGAUCCAGAAAAUAUUGUAUCAAGCGUAUGUUUCGUUCUCUAUUUCGAACAUUUUCUACUCCUCAACUGGCGCGCACAACCACUCUGGGUAUUCUCUUGUUUAACGCAAACGGCAUGGUAUUUUUUGGAUUGUUACUAUACGCUAACACAAUUCGCGAUAGCAUUUACAUUGUCAGUUUUGUGAACGCAGCCAUGACAAUCCCCGGAGUUGCACUGUCUAUGUUUCUGUAUCGAUUCUUUCGAUUCCGUCGACUUCCAUUGGUUAUUGUGUUUCUAAUCACUUUUGUUGCCCUUGUGAUUGGUGGAAGUUACGCUUACGUCGUUCACCCGGAAGAUGACAUUGUUCUCACAGUAACCUCAAACAUUGCCGUCACUUGUUCUGUGGGGAGUAUGUUCAUGACCUAUAUCUAUUUGCCCGAACUGUAUCCAUCCAAGAUUCGCUCACAAGCUUUUGGUAUUGUUGCGGGUCUCGGUCGUUUUGGCAGUAUGGUAUGCACAUUUGUCAACCAGUUGGAUAACCACGUGGCCCAUGGUUUACCAAUUCUUGUGUACGCCGGUGUUACAAUCAUUAUGGUUGGUUUAUUAUUCAUUUUACCCGAUACCAGUGGAGAAAAUCUAUCAGACUAUACUGUGAUUGAGGUGAACCAAUCCACGGUUGGGAAUAGUUGGAAAAUUGUUCGUACGCCGCGAUUGGAGGUGUCAAAAAACCAGGAAGCAUGA